UCUCAUCUUCCUCAAAAAUCUCAAUGGAUCCAUCAAAAUUUCCUUUUGAUAUUGAAACUUACAAAAGACAAUCUGAAAUCGACGAGAGGUAUAUCGCCCUCCGAUUUAGGGAGUAUCGAAACAAAAUAGAGGAAGAUUAUCCAACUUACAGAUCUAGAGUUCGUCCGAUGGGAAGGGAUGGAGCUACAAAAAAAAGUAAGAAAAAAGGUAGGGGCAUAGCUUUGGAAGUGGUCAACGAAGAGUGGAAUAAAUUCAAACAAUUCAAGGAGCAAGAGUUGGAACAAUUAGACAAGAUAACCAUGAAGCAAAAGGAGGCAAACCAGCAGUUGAACGAGAGGACUCAGGCUAAGAAGAUAAAGAUGUUUAUGAAACUAAGUGAGAAAGAACAUCUUGAUGACCAGAGCAAAAAGUUGUUGGAGAAGUUGGGGCAUGAUUUAUUUGGAGAUUAAUUGUUGUCAAGUGCCUGUUUGUAUUUUAUCACUUUUUGCUCUAAUAAUGUUUGUCUGUCACUUUCUACUUUAAUAAUGUUUGUUUUUUAUUUUCUGCUUUCACGGGAGAAUCCAAUUUUUUUGGUUUCAACUAUUCAAUGUCAGUUCAAUCCUUAUCCAAUAAGUGAUUUUUGGCU